AUGCCUAAAAGUAAUGCGUGCCCAUUUUUAAUAUUACCGAUUGAACUUGUUUAUCGAAUUCUGGAUCAUCUCGAGGAUAACUUAACUCUGUGUUGUUCAAUGCAAAAUGUAUGUCGACGUUUCAAUCAGAUCCUCAACACUUAUUAUCGAUAUCAAACAUUGACCAAACUAUAUCUCAGAGGCAAGCAAAUCGGCGAUCAACGUACACGGCACAUUGGUAACGCAUUGUGGAAUAAUAUGACGCUCACCAUACUAGAUCUUAGUUGUAAUCAAAUUGAUAAUGAAGGAGCUCAGCAUAUUGCUGAUGCACUGCGAACUAACGUGGUAGAAUUCAUUACUACACUCAUCACGCUAUACCUUGCCGAGAAUCAAAUUCAUCACGAAGGAGCACAACAUAUCGGGGAUGCAUUACGAGUUAAUACGACACUCAUUACACUAAAUCUUAACAAGAAUAAAAUCAACCACCAAGGAGUUGAGUAUAUUGCUGAUGGGUUGCAAAACAAUACAACACUCACCACACUGUAUCUCAGCGACAACCAAAUCGGCGACCGGGGUGCACAACAUAUCGGUGGCAUAUUACGAGUCAACACGGUGCUCACUACGCUAGAACUUAAGUGGAAUCGAAUCAGUCAUAUAGGGGCAGAACAUAUUGGUGAUGCAUUGCGAACUAACACGACGCUCGCCACACUAGACCUUAGAUGGAACCAAAUCAGCAAUGAAGGAGCGAAAUAUAUUAGUGAUGCAUUAUGGGCAAACAAGAUACUCAGAUUAGAUCUCACGGAGAAUCUUAUCAGCUGCGAAGAAGCACACCAAUUGAAGAAAAUUUUAGGAGAUCGAGUGACAUGCUAG